GUAUGCGCAGUUGCGACACUCCUCCAGCUCUUUCUCUAGGGUGUCCGUGCAUACUUCCUUCCUCUAUUGCACUUGCAAAAUCGCCCCUCCACCACCCCCUCCCAACCUCGGUCCGGUGGUAUCGUCCGACGGUGAGAGCAAGAGCACAGUUGUCGGCUGCAGGUUGCUCGGAGAGGAACGCACAGCCGCGGAGGAAACACUAGAAAACGUCUCUAUUCUUUCUCCACUGCUGUAAGUGCGAGUCUGAUUCUCUUCUACCUGGCAUUUUCUUCAACUUGGAGGAAUACAAACAUCUUUGAAGAACCAAUUUGAAAAGGACAGAUGGCCCUCUAAGCCCCAUCCCUCCACCUCAGUGAUGCUUAGCUGCUGUAUCCCAGAGGCCCACCUUGGCAGUUAGAGGAGAAGUCAUCACCAUGACUAUGGCUGGCCUCUUCCUCCUCCUCCUCCUCAUCCUCCCCCCAGCUGUUGUAACGCAGAACUCUGCGGUCCCAACGACCCCAAGCCCAUCCUUGUUUGACCUGCUGACCCAACCGGAGUGCACAAAGAAAGAGCAUCCAAAGGUUUCCAUCCAAGCUCUCAGCCCGUGGAUUUCCACUUUCUUCCACCCUGGCGUGAGAGACUACUCCCAGCUCACCCUUGACCUGACUAGGAAUGAGCUUAUUGUGGGUGCCAGGAACUACCUGUUCAGACUGCACCUCAGUAACAUGUCGCUCAUACAGGCGACAGAAUGGGCACCGGACGAGGAAACCAGGAGGUCCUGUCAGAGCAAAGGCAAAACAGAGAUUGAAUGUCAGAACUACAUCAGAGUCCUGCUGGUGAACAAGACUGAGGUCAUGACCUGUGGAACUAAUGCCUUCCAGCCGCUAUGUAUUACCAGAGAGGUGGGAAACAUGAGCAGCAUGUUGGAGCGAGUGAACGGAGUGGCUCGAUGCCCCUAUGACCCUCGACACAACUCUACGGCAGUGGUGACAGAGAGCGGAGAGCUGUAUGCUGCCACUGUCAUCGACUUUUCCGGCCGUGAUCCCGUCAUUUACCGUAGCCUGGGGGGGAUGCCGCCACUCCGGACUGCCCAGUACAACUCCAAGUGGCUCAACGAGCCUCACUUCAUCUCGGCCUAUGACAUCGGCCUCUUCACCUUCUUUUUCCUGAGGGAGAACGCGGUGGAGCACGACUGUGGCAAGACGGUUUAUUCCCGGGUGGCAAGAGUCUGCAAGAAUGACAUUGGAGGGCGAUUUCUGCUGGAGGACACCUGGACCACGUUCAUGAAGGCCCGACUCAACUGCUCUCGAUCCGGAGAGAUCCCGUUUUAUUACAACGAGCUGCAGAGCACUUUCUACCUGCCCGAACAAGACCUGAUCUACGGCAUCUUCACUACCAACGUCAAUAGUAUUGCGGCAUCUGCAGUUUGUGCCUUCAACCUGAGUGCCAUCACGCAGGCCUUCAACGGGCCUUUCCGCUCUCAGGAGAACCCUCGAUCCACCUGGCUGCCCACACCCAACCCCAUCCACAACUUCCAGUGUGGCACCAUAGAUGACGAGGGUCCUAAUGAGGGUCUAACGGAACGAAGCCUGCAGGAUGCUCAGCGCCUUUACUUGAUGAACGAUGUGGUUCAGCCAGAGUCUGUCGACCCCCUGGUCAUGCAGGACGAUGUUCGUUUCUCAAACCUAGUUGUGGACAUUGUUCAGGGCAUGGACACCCUCUACCAUGUUAUUUACAUCAGCACGGAAUAUGGCACAAUCCUGAAAGCUCUCGCGACAUCCAACAAGAAUCUGCAGGGCUGUUACCUGGAGGAGAUGGAGCUCCUCCCACCAGGUGUGCGAGAACCAAUCCUGAGCUUGCAGAUCCUGCACAGCGACAGGUCGCUCUUCAUUGGACUCAACAACAGAGUCCUAAAGAUCCCACUGGAGAGAUGCUCCACCUACAAAACUGAGACCCUGUGCUUGGAGGCGAGAGACCCCUACUGUGGCUGGGACUUCAGGCAGCGCCGAUGCACCACGCUGGAGGAGAGCUCCAACAUGAGCCAGUGGAAGCAAAACAUCACGCUUUGUCCGCUGCGAAACCAGACCACCAAUGGAGGCUUCGGACCCUGGGCGCCAUGGCAACCCUGCAACAAUGAAGAUGUUGUGGAUGGCGUGAGCUCCUGCUUGUGUCGCUCCAGGUCUUGUGAGAAUCCUGCUCCUCGAUGUGGAGGCAAACACUGUGAGGGUCCCACCAUCGAAGUCUCGAACUGUUCAAGAAAUGGAGGCUGGACACCAUGGUCGUCAUGGGGACAGUGCAGCACAACCUGUGGUACGGGCUUUGAGCUGCGUCAACGUUCCUGCAACAAUCCAUCACCCCGGCAUGGAGGCCGAGUGUGUGUGGGCCCCAGCAGAGAUGAAAGGUUCUGUAAUGAAGGGGUGUCCUGUCCUCAGCCUAUUUUCUGGACCCCAUGGGGCUCCUGGACAAAGUGCAGCACUGAAUGUGGUGGAGGUGUCCACUCCAGGGUGCGAAUUUGUGAGAACGGCAACAGCUGCCCAGGAUGUGCACUGGAGUACAAGGCCUGUAACCUGGAGGCUUGUCCAGAGGUGAAGAGGAACACACCGUGGACACCCUGGAUGCCCGUCAACGUAACUCAGGGCGGCGCUCGCCAAGAGCAGAGGAUGCGCUACAUGUGCCGAGCCCACCUGUCUGAUCCCCACGAGCUGCAGAUCGGACGGAGGAAGGUGGAGACUCGCUUCUGUCCCAAUGAUGGUACAGCAGCCUGCGAGACAGAUACCCUUGUUGAGGAGCUUCUGAAGACACCAGUGGUGAGGGUUGCCGGCUUAGGCUGGUCAUCUUGGGAAACCUGGUCGAGCUGCUCACAGAGUUGUGCCAAAGGCUACCGAACCCGGCGGCGAACUUGUGCCGGACCAGAGGGGAAGAGCGCCUCUGUAGCAUGCCGUGGCUCGCCCGUAGAGUACCAGGACUGCAAUGUCCAGGCAUGUCCUGUGAAAGGUGCAUGGUCCUGCUGGUCGUCUUGGUCUCAGUGCUCUGUGGGUUGUGGUGGCGGUCACUACCAGCGAACUCGCUCCUGUAACAGCCCUGCACCGGCCAAUGGAGGAGACAUUUGCAUAGGACUCCACACCGAGGAGGCUCUGUGUAACACACACACUUGUGAUGGUGGCUGGAUGGCCUGGUCACUGUGGUCAGCCUGUGAUGACUCAGGCUUGCAGAUGAGGAGUCGUAUGUGUGGUGCUCAGGGAAACAACCCCUGUGUGGGGAACAGCACUCAGCGCAGAGACUGCAAUGAAAUACCUGUCAUUCUCCCUGCAUCUGGUUUUGAUAAGGACCAACACUGUGGAGCGUUCACCUCCAUCCACCUAAUCGCCACUGGUGUUUCCUGUUUCCUUGGCGGGCUGCUGUCCUUCCUGAUCUAUGUCUACUGUCAACGCUUCCACAAGCCUUCGCAAGAGUCCGCCAUCAUUCACCCCACCACCCCAAACCAUCUCAAUUACAAGGGCAACACCACGCCAAAGAAUGAGAAGUACACACCAAUGGAGUUUAAGACACUGAACAAAAACAACCUGCUUCCAGAUGAAAGAUCCAACUUCUACCCAACACCACUCCAGCAGACAAAUGUCUACACCACCACCUACUAUCCCACAGCACUUGGCAAAUUCGACUACCAACCCAACUCGUCCCCAUCACCAUGCAGGACCUACAACAACAGUAACAACAGCUGAGACGAGGCCCACAACGGGCUCUCCAACCCCCCUGCUCCAAACGGACAUCACCUGAAUGCCGUGGUGACAUAACAUGAACUGAAACGUUACUCAGAGCUUGGCCAGGUUCCUCUGUUCACCACCGCCCCGCUCCUUGCUCCCGUAGUCUCUUCUGCAUGGUAGGGUUUGUCUUUUCAAGGGCGUUUUUUGAAACUUUCCAUUGGGAGAUGUGAGUUUGGACAACAAUACCUGUGUCCUGGUACAGUCAUGAACUUAUGCAACCAGCUGGGGGUGUAUUAUUGUAAGGGCCUGACUGGAUAUAGCAGUGUCAACUCUCAGCUUCAUGUGGGCAACUAGUGGAAAACUCUACGAGGACGAGUUAUGACUUUAGACAGAUUAUGACCGCAUCACCUCAGUGCAGGUGCUGGGCCAAGCAUACACGAUUCUGGACACAACCAACACAAUACUAAAAAAAUAUAUAUUACAUUUCUCUGGAUCUGGGUCACCAUUUUAUGCCUCUUCAUUACAAACCACAUCCUCAGCUUUGAGUCCCUUGACAACAAAAGCAGUUACAAAGAACAAACGGCGCAUAUGGUUAUGUCCUUGCCGCCCAACACAGAGCAAGAGAACAAAAGAGAAAACUCAAUAAAGUCGAUCAUGAAAUAAAUUAGAGAUCAAUAUCUCUGGUUGUUUGGGGGGAAGAAAUCCACGUCCUCCAUUGAUGGUGUUUCACGUGACAAAAGAUAAGAACUUCAAAGUUGAUGAAGGUUUUGGACGGCUGUUCGGAGGAGCUACAAUAUUCAACAUCACUCAACUGGAGAGAAAUACUCUCUAAAUCAGCUUAUGAUCACAGUCACAUCUCUUUUGUGGACAAGGACAUUCACUCGUAAAAUCAAAGCAAGGAAUGCUGGAGGUGAACUGUAAAAAGGGAAUGCCGUGGGUGCCUGUAUGCAAUAGAGGGCAGGGUGAGAUUUGUUUUCAUUUCUAUUUGUUUCAUUUUUUUUCCAAGAACAAUAAUGACUUCUGGAAGAGAAUCAAUUGAUUCUCCAAUUGAUUCUCUAGUGGAUGCAUUGAUUCUACUGAGUGCUAAAUAGCUCGAUGGUCAUAUCAAAUAUGGCCAAUGUGCUAAACAACUGGAUUGGGUUUUCUAUGACGGUAGAAUAAGCUAGUAGAGUGGCACUUGUUCUUUUUUUAAAUGUUUGUUUUUUAAGAUGAUACUUCUUUCAUGCUCAGUCGAGCAGUAGCAUAGGUGGAAAUAUUUUGCUAAAUAAGAUAUAACUGAUUAAUUCUUGUUUUCUUAAAUACUUUAAUUUCACUGAAUGAAUGCAUUUCUUUGUUUUGAUUAUCCAGCAACUUCAUAGUCACUGAAUCUUCAACACAUGAAAUCUUAACAGAAAUAAAACAAUUAAUUUUAAUGAUGUGGGGUGUUUUUUUAUUUUUACAAAAAAUGACUAAUAAAAACUUUAAAUUGGCCCCAACUGAAAAGAAAAAAAAAUUAUGCUUGCUUAGAGGUUUGCCAGUGUGAAGAUCAAAAUGAAUGCAUGCGUGUGUGGAUGUGCGUACCUGCAAACACAUGUACUGUCUGUAUGUCUGAAUGAGCAAAAGGGGAGUUGAUGUAUUUUGUACAAAGUUUGCUUUCAUACAUAUGACUAUGAGGUCUGUAAAGGUUGACUUUUUUUUUGCAUAAAUGUGCAUUUUAUCCACACUCUGUCACUCUAGGCAUUCUACUGGUUUUUCGUGUAUGAGAUGUUAAUCAUUUGUAAGUUAAAGCAUCGCGCCUCUGGUUCCUGCGAAGGUGGAAUGGACAUUAUUUAUAGUUAAAGCUUGGUUUAUAAAGGGCAUUUUCACAACUCUAUUUUAUUAUUAUUGCCUGGUCGAUGAAUGCUAACCCAGCAAUGCUUUUCAGUUCAGCUACUGUACAUGCACGAGAUGAGAGCUCUAUCUGUAUAUAAGAGCAACAGCCUUCUGCCCAUUUAAUGUCCCUGAAGAGGAUCAUGUAAAUGUAAAAUCUAUGUAUCUUGUAUAGCUAACACUGUUUGUUUAAAAAAAAGCCUUAUAGUUGUUUAAAAAACGUUCAGCAGCUAAGUACACACCAACCAUGAGAUUUGUUUGGGGACAGAGCUCCACAAUGACCUGUGGGUUAUGACCUUCCACAGCUGCUCAAACAUCAAAUUUCCAGAGAUACAUGAACCCACAAUGAAAAUAACUCCGUGCAGCACUACUAAUGAGAGCACUAAAUAUUAAAAACACAAAUGAUGAGGAUAUGGAAUUCAAAAGAUGUCAUUUUGAUCUAAACUUAGCUUCUAUUGGCCUGGUCUGAAAACCAUUCAUCUGAGUGGUUAAUUUUGAGCUCUGUCCCCUGCAAUGUGAGGAUCUGUGCCCUUCUAUGCAACUUACCAGGUGUACUGUUAGACCUGUCAUGUAGACUGUAAUCACUGCCUUUUAGACACUGUGAAUUUUUGGUACCCUAUAUUUUUGUAUAUUGUACAUUAUAAAAAGGACAAUAAACCUUGAUGCCAACAGAA